AACAUUGUCAUUUGCUGCCUGUCUGCCUUUUUUGUAAAAAUUGGUCAAGAGGAAUUUUGUGACAUGGCUGGAAAUAAUACUGAAGAAGUUGAGGGGUCUGCCGUAACUGAGGCAAAGACUAACAGCAAUGCCGAAGUACCACCUGAGUUUUUAAUCAAACAUCCUCUCCAAAAUGCAUGGAGUCUCUGGUUCUAUGACAAUGACAGAAAUAAGACUUGGGAAGAGAAUCUUAUUGAGUUGACGACAUUUGACACAGUGGAAGAUUUUUGGAGAUUAUACCACCAUAUUAAACUUCCAUCAGAGCUCCGUCAGGGCCAUGAUUAUGCUGUUUUCAAGCAAGGAAUUCGUCCUAUGUGGGAAGAUGAUGCCAAUAAAAUGGGUGGAAGAUGGCUUAUCAAUCUUGACAGGAAGCAGCGUAAUUCUGAUCUUGACCGAUUCUGGCUUGAUGUGGUCUUGCUGCUCAUUGGAGAAAAUUUUGAACACUCUGAAGAAAUAUGUGGUGCUGUAGUAAAUGUUAGACCUAAAACUGAUAAAAUAGGAAUCUGGACAGCAGACACAUCAAAGCAGCAUGCUAACUUGGAAAUUGGGAGGAAACUGAAGGAUCAGCUGGGUAUCCAUGGUAAAAUUGGAUUCCAAGUUCACAGAGACACCAUGGUCAAGCAUAGUUCAGCUACUAAAAAUCUAUACACUGUUUAGUCAUCCGACCUGAUUGUGUGUAACAAAGUGUUGCGAUAACAACAUUAGUGUAAAUUAAGAGAACAGGCAUGUGAAAGAUCCUUCUGACCUGUAAGGAUUAUAAACUAGCACAUUCUGUUUCACUGAAAGUUAUCUCAUAACAAUUGUUACUUUUAAAUUAAAGAUUUUUAUUUAACAAAAGUAGGUAUUGUUUAGGUUGACUAUUUGAUAGUUUGUGUUGUAAUAAAGUUUCUUACUAAUGUGACUAGUAAUGUAUUUG